AUGCGUACAAUGUGUAUGUUUGUUACGUGUUUGAGCUGUGUUGUUGCCCAGUCGCUCACCGAAUCUACACCCCUGACCGGUUACGAUUUGAAGAUCAUGUUGUAUUCUAUGCCCAAGAGCUACACUGAGUUGUGUCCGGUCGAGAAGUACGUCCUGUACCAGUGCAGUCGUAGGUACAUUGAGCGUCACACUGCUGAAACGCGACGGCAUUCGAUUCAGAUAUUGGAAAUGAACUACAUGUAA